GAAAGUCCCUCGACGCACCCAUGCCUGUGUAAGCGCCUAAGGCAGAAUGGACGUUGGUUGAAUCAUUGACGGUUCUUUGGGUAGCUAUGCUGACGAUUAUAGCGACGCCAGCGUCACAUGCGUCACUGGCCGCUCAUUACUUGCCAUUGCGCACGGAAAAAAUUUCUCCUGAGGAAGUGCUACGCGCUCACCCCAUAUGCUAUAUAUAUGGUCGAUCAUGUAUAUACAUGUAUAUAUGGUCAUCAGUAAAGAACGAGGAACAAGAAAGAAAACGGAAGUAGGUCAGUGGCCAAUGCCGUCAAUGUUGCGGAACCACGACCGUCACUGCGGAAAUAGAGAGCAGCAGAAACGCCAGCGCUAUUGAGUAGAGUUAUUCGUCGUUAUUCGGCCGUUGCUAUCAUUUUUAUUGGUGUUGCUGGUCAUGCAGUUGCCGAUCGUUGCAUUGUUGGUAAAAAAGCAGAUGAUGCCGUUAAUGGCGCUGCUGUUGGAGUUCGAAUUCAGAUAGAAAAACUGCUGUGCAUAUAACGGAAGCGCGAAAUGGCGGGCGACAGCCACGGAUGGGCCAAUAGUGUUUGAUUUAUGCGCCACAGAUACUUCUUUUAACGACCUUAGAACCCAAAAGCAGUGAAUCGGAUUUUCGGCUAUGAAUAAGCCGACCGUAGUGGGAAUAGUAGACCCUAUGAUGAUGACGCAGUGGUAACGUGUAUACCUACUGAACUUGAAAACGCCAGAUGAAGGCGGUUUAAGUUCGAAACUGGGCGCACCCACAAUUUGUUUUGUGCUAGUAGAAACUGUCUAGGACAAUGGCUAGCGGCAGUAACGUAGGACGUAAGCAUACAUGAAAGUCCUGUUCAGGUCUUCCACUGUCGGUUGGUGUCUGCUCGGAUGUUUCAAGCGUGACUUUUGAAAAUUGCUGAUCAGUUGUCAUCGCUCUUUUCUGAAAACAAAUUCUAUGACUGAGAUUGGUUCAGGCACUUCGACUUGCCAAACAGAUUGCACAUUUAAUUACUGCAUUGGUUGAUUCGAAGCGAUGUGUAAUUGUUUAUUUGGAUUAUUUCUACAGUUUAUUACAAUGCUGACUAGAAACAAAAAUGCGUCAAGGCAGGACACAGAUGCUUACGCGCCUUGCGCGCCUGACUUUAAAAAGAAUUCGGGGGUACAGAGUGAAGAGUGGCAAUUAAUUAGAUGAACAUUUGAAACUAAAGCGCGUUCUCAAUAUAGUGCCAGUUAGCACAAUGAAAUCAAUUAAAUAAGAUAUUCAAGGUAUUUAGAAGAUUGUGAUUCACCCAGUUAAACAUUGACUUAUAUUAAAAAUGUAUGUUCGUAGGCAGUAUUCGUCUAACCCUAACGGGAAGUUUAUGGACAAGCUGGAAUUUCCGUUUUUAUUGCAAGAAAGUCACGAUUCUGUUAACGUACCCACACAUAGCACGUCUAUAAGCAAUUCUCAAGAAUCAUUUCAGUUCCGUAAUGUGUGUGAUUUUAUAUAAACACAUAUACUAGUUAUGGCUAAGUGGUUAAAGUGGAUCGUAGCGCCCGGUAGCCUGGAACAGCCUCGAGAAGUAAGUAGUUGUCCUGAGUCUAGGGACUACGCAUAGCACCUAAAUACUCGAAGGCAUUUAGGAACUGGCUUCCGAACCAGAUCGGAUACUCACUUAUAAAAAAAAAUUGCGGGACGGCUUGUUUAAGAGCAUAUAUGUAUAUACUGUAAUAUGUUUAGAUAUUUAUAUGAAUGUACGUACACUAUCCACUUUAAGUACAGACACUCAGUUUGGCAAAAAUUAUAGGUCAGCCUAGAAACACAUUAACAAACUAUAUACAUGUGCAGAGUCUCUAAUACCAGAAGCAAGCUUCUCUGCUCCUCUCAACCUACUAUGUGCGCUUGAUCAAGAUUCUUGCUCUAGGUUUUUGUCCCUAACCCCCCAAGUAGGUAAAAAUUUUACGGUUAAUCACUAGCUAACAACUAUGCAGAAUGCCCUAUUAAAUUCCAAUGCCCCUUGGUGUCGUGUGGGUGGAAGAUUUGACUAUCGUAGGCAAGGGAAAUGCCUGGAAUUAUUUUCGUUCUUUGAUAAAGGUUCGAAAGUAAAUGAGGAAUAACUUAUUUUCUCAUAUAUGUAUGCAUAUAUGUAAAUAUGCAACACGAUUUAUAAAUAAAGCAGCUCCUUAUUAUAUAGUAAUAUUUGGAACCACCGAUCAUUCCUGGACACUAUUUGCGACCUACGUAUCCUAAUUAUAAGAACCUUAAGAGAUUCGCCAACAAGUAAUCGAGAUUCGAAUUCGCCUCUUGGACACAAACUGUUCUGCUCUCAGAAAAUCUGUUUGCGGCGAGUCGUCUUCUCAAGGAGUUCGUUUAUAAACUAGAUUUUGUACGUAAUGCCCCUGUACGUAAACAGUAAAUUUAAACUAAUGAUGAUGAUCUAGCCGAUGAUGGAGCCAGAGUGUAAAAAGAAUCGAUUUAAGGAAAUCUACAGGGUAAAAGCAAACGUCAUAUCUAUGUUGAUUUCGCAAUCCGGGAUACUCAGCAUACUGCAGUAUCUAUUCAGUAGAACAACGAAUUUACAAAACAGCUAUCGCCGUCGAGCAGAAAACAUUAAAGGAAAGCUAUGAAAAAAUCGAGCUGAUUCGUUCGCAUGUUACUACAGUGGUAAUGAAUUAGCUUACGAGCCUUAAUCUGACCUGAGGGUGAGGUGGUCUACGAGAAAAUUGCGGGGUCAUCUAGAGCAAUGCUUAAUGGCAGUAUUGUUGGACGUAAAACCAGCUUUUUUCACUGUCUAUUCCUUCGACUUGCACGAUUUGCAUUUGCUCAGUGUAAAGAAACACUUCAAGCAAAUUCUAACAAAAAUUCAAUAUGGGUAAAUCAAAGCAGCAACGCAAAAAGGAAAAAAAGAUCGUGCUGAUGUUCGACGAAAACGAGCGUCGAGAAUUUCUGUCCGGAUUUUCGAAGCGAAAAAAAGAGCGUCAGCGCAAGGCCAAGGAGAAAACUCUUGGGCGUCUCGAGGGUCAACGGAAAAAGCUUCUCGAGGAAAAACGCACCAUAAUAGCGGAUAUCGUCCGUGAGGGCGGCAUUAAACUGCAGGAUCCUCAAAAUCUUGAGACCUUGGCAGGCCAGAGCGAAACAAUCGACUGUGGUGAACAUACUGUGACAAUUACUGAGCUUGAUGAUGCCUAUAGUGCAGUACAGGACCUUGGUGUCGACGCGGAAUGCGAUAAUAGCAAUGAAGACGACAUGGAUUUUGGGGAUAGUGCAGGAAUUACGAAUGAAACCCAGACAAUAGCAGGCGGAAGUGUCAGCGAUCAACGGAAGAUUCGCCUCAAACAAAUUUCUGAAGAACUGAAGGAUUUCAGCGUGCAGAUACAGCCGAUCAAGGCUGCACUUAAUAAGAGAGCAAAGAAACGCAACAAACGUAAACAGAAGGCUCAGGAGUUGAAAGAACAGGAAGCACGUCAGAGUAAAAGUAGACGAAGAAAAGCUGGGGCCAGUCAGGUAAAAAACAGUAAAAGCUCCAUGGUAGGAAUUAAAAGAAAGAAAAUCAAUAAACACAUUAUCAAGGAUUAACGCCAACAGGAUGCGCUACAAUAAAUAUGUAUAUAGUAUGGGAUUGAAAAUGUUUAUCUAGGUAAGCUAUUUGAUAUAUUACGUUUUGAUAAUAUUAAUAAUUAUUAUCAUUGUUCAGAAACGGUGGUGAUUAUGUAUUCUGGGAAGUAUAGUCGCACUCGGAGGCGAAAAUAUUGUUUAGUAAGUUAUGAAGAAACAGGGUAUUGUGGCUAGAAGAUAUAGUCCUGUUUCAUAUUUUUACACGCUGUUAAUAGGCGUCUCAUGUUGAUAAAAUCAAUGUGUGCAAAAAUUCUACAUGUUCAAAGGCAUCGUAGAAACUCGAUAUUAAUAUUAUUAUUAUUGAAGUAAUUCGUGUCACUAUAGCAGGAGGAACGGUGAGCAAUAACUAGCAGUUCCGUACGUUUCUGAUUGUCUCCUUAAUAAAUUUAAUAGCUCAGAAAGCAUGAUUUUGUCGGUCACUUCAACAUUGCAGGAAUCCAGUGAUUUAAAUUUGUCACUUACUGAGAAAUUCAAUUUAAUCUAAUUGAACCUUUAGAAAAGUAACUUACGUCAU